AUGGAAAGCCACAAUGACUUCCAAGAUAGCUGGGAGCAUGACACCCACCAUGAUUACAUCUUCCCAGUCUCGGAAACUCGCAGAAGUAAUACAGGAGAUCCCGAACAAGAAGGGCUGGGCGUGCGUUCGAGAUCCCUGUAUGAAAAAUACGGGACCAACGAGCCGUACGCCAAGCCAGACGACGUGGAAUCAUAUGAUGGCAGAGACCCAGAUUCCUUCUUCAAACUGUUGACAGGUCCAUCAACAAAUUUCUACGUCGGGCUUGACGAGAAGCACUACACGAUCCCAAAGCGACUCCUUUACCACUUCUCAGAUUACGCUAGAAUCUGUCUCGAAGGCAGUUUCUGGGAAGCAGAUGUCAACGCUGCCUGGCUCCCAGAUGUGGACUCAGACGUAUUCCAAUGGCUGUGGCAGUGGUUGUACACUGGCAAGCUCAAGGUCUACCAGUUCUACAAUUUCACGUGGGAUUGGAGCGAAGACGAACAGCUUCAGCAAGCUUGUCAAGUCUUGUGCCGGUUGCACGUUCUGGGCGAGCGCCUGCUCUUCGACGAACGAUUUCUGCAGGACGAGGUACAAAGGAAGUUGGUGAAAGUUAUCGAGAGAGCGAAAACUUCCAGAAGUACUACUCCUUUGACGCCCCAAAUUGUUGAAGAAAUUCUUUCGGAUUCGGCCCCGGUACAAUACGGCUCUAUUUGGAACUGGCAAUCAACUUCAUUAAGACCGUUCGUGGUCGAGCAGCUGUGCACUUUUGACUUCUGUACAACAACCGACUUCGUGGACUGGGUUGGGUGUUUCGAACUGGACGGAGCCUUUGCGGCCGAAAUCAUGGCAUUCAUGGCGGACGAGCUAAAGUGGGCAGUGAAGCGGUGGGAGGCGCAGGUCGGCUCGCCAGUCGAUGUUCUCGAAAAGAAGAAGCAAUUUGCGGAAGAUCGGGGCAACUCCAAAUGCUUGGAGAUAAGACCGAAAAAACAUCAAGGUGUCUGGCUCGCGCUGAGAAUCAUAUGUACCUUUGCAGGGUGCACAACGACGGACCUUCGCGCCUACAGCCAAUGCUUCGAACUGGACGGAGCCUUUGCGGUCGAGAUUCUGGCAUACAUGGCGGAGGAACUGCGGUGGAUUGUUGAGAGGUGGGGGGAGGAGAGGGGAUCGAGGGUGGAUGUCGCGGUGGAAAAAGAGGAAGAAGAGCGGAUCGCGCAGGAAGAGAGUGAUCUUCAACGCAUGGUGGAUAGGAUCAUGCGACGGGUCGGAUGGUCUUGA